AAUUAUGGGCAACAAGAACUGCUGCGCACGUCAUGCACCAAAUUUAUCAAAGAGAAAAACCUCUCCUAGAGAGAGUAAAUAUGUAUUUUAUUUAAAAAAUAUUAAUUCGAAAAUAAAAAAAACUUUAAAGGAUAAUCACCUACUUAAUGAAAGAGAUACUUCUGUUAAUUUUUUGCCUCAUAUCAGCGAAAGAGAAGUUCCAGACGAAGAUGAGCAAGAUCCAUCUACACAACCCAAAGUUCGUCCAACAUUUGUUGAACGCAGUCGCAGCGAAAUGAAACUACGAGACAAUCGACGGUCUUUCUAUGUGUUGGAUCUAAACAACCUCCAUGCCCCUAUGACCUUAAAGAAAUCAAAUAGUUGUUCAACAAUAUAUAUGGAUGAUUCUACAAUUUCACAACCACAUUUAAAAAAUACAAUUAUUUGUGUUUCAUUAGCAGUUUUUUAUCAUAUCUCAAAUAGAAAAAAUCGUGGAAAGGAACGUUUAAUGGAAAUUUUUGAAGAAAGACUUCACCCUAUUACUAGUGAACCUGUUCCACCAGAAAAUUUUACACGUGAUCCCGAACAUCGCCAAAUUUAUCGUUUCAUUCGUACACUCUUUCAUGCUGCUCAACUUACCGCUGAAUGUGCAAUAAUAACCUUAGUUUAUGUUGAACGAUUAUUAAAUUAUGCUGAAUUAGAUUUGUGUCCAUCAAAUUGGAGGCGUAUAGUGUUGGGGUCAAUAAUGUUGGCUUCAAAAGUUUGGGAUGAUCAAGCUGUUUGGAACGUUGACUAUUGCCAAAUAUUAAGAGACACUAACGUUGAUGAUAUGAAUGAACUGGAAAGACAAUUUCUGGAAUGUCUUGAAUUCAACAUUAACGUGCCUAGCUCAAUUUAUGCAAAAUACUAUUACGAUUUGCGUACUCUUGCCAUUGCUAACGAUAUUCAAUUGCCAUUGCAGCCGCUUUAUAAGGAAAGGGCUGGCAGAUUAGAAGCACUUAGCAGAAAUUAUGAAGAUAAACUUGCAUUACAUGGACAAACAAUUGUAAGAAGUAUGUCUGCUGAAAGGCUUAGGGAGCACCGGUCUCCAGCAAUCAUUCCUUGA